GACUUUGUUGUGUGUGUGUGUGUGUGUGUGUGUGUGUGUGUGUGUGUGUGUGUGUGUUAAGGACACACACUGAAGCUGCCUAUAUGUUCUCAUAGAGGAGGUUGGAUUUUACCAUCAUAAUCUAGAUAAUCCUUCAAACCAAACUGCGCAUCAAGUGUGUUCAUGUUGCAGUGCAGCGCUUGAUCUUUAAAGGAGGCAGUGUGAGAAACGGAUGAACGCUCUGCAGCACAGCGGGACCGCCAUCAAACGCACCUCAUGUCGUUCUUAGUAAAGAUGAUCUCUUAUUCUCGUGCUUGGGUUCUGGGGUUUUUUUUUUUUUUUGGUCUCUCUAAAAGUCUGUCUUUUGCCGAAAGGCAUGUCAUCUCCGUCCUGAUUCUUCAGGUUUCAAGAGACCCGAGCGUUUAAGAAUAAACGUCCUCGUUAAUCUGUUCCGUCCCUCCGAGGUCACUUCCUGUUCUCUGCUUUCUCUGCUCUCCGACUCCGACUUUGAGUUAUUCAAUGAUUAAGCACGGUGUUUAUUUAUACCGGAAAACUCGUCUAGAUUUAAUCCAUCGUCAAACAAAAGGAACUAUUCAGGCAGCUUUAGCUUCUUUACGAUGUUUGGAAUAAAAACAUUUAACGGGCGGUCCGUUCAGGAUCUCGCGAUUUUUGCGCUCGACUUAAACGAACGCAAAAUGGGUUGCAACUUUGGAAAAUCACCGCAGGUUUAAAGUACACGUCGAUUCACGUGCGUGGAACGUGAGUCCAGCUGAAAGGUCUCAUUUACCGACAAAGGUCGCUGUGAAAGAGCGUGCCGAACCAUUUCGUGCGAUUGCGAUUUCGCCAGUCCGAGUAGUUUUCCCACCAAAAAAUUUCGUUCUUACGUCACAAAUUUUGAAAAAAAAAAAAUCCGAAGCAGAAUCGAACAUUUUUGGCCGCAACGAUCACAAAAAAAAAAAUACUCCACAAAAUCCUCUACGGACUGUAUGAGUGUGAAUCUUCGUGUUGCCAAGAGUCGGACCAUUUGACUCACUGACUCGUUUUGUCUUAAACUGAACAAAUCUACGAUUAUUUCGACACGUUAGAAAGGUUUUCCGAAUAAACAACAACAUAAGGAACGUAAGUCACAUGUUUCGGCGCUGUAUCUAAACAUAAACAUGGCCACAGAGGAACUUCAGAGGACAAGACGGAGAAACGAACGUUGUGUUUGACUUUAUUUAAACGACAAAGAAAGGAAAGGCUUACGUAAGAGGAAACGAAUUCCCGCUAACAAACAGUUCGGAUGGUGAAAAAGGGUUGCCAUGGAAACGUAUUGAUUAAAUGACACUGCACACUGUACACAGUGUGCGACACACACAAUGUAAUGGCGCUGCCUACAUUUACAAAAGAAUGAAUAAAUAAAUAAAUAAAUAAACAUGGAGGCAAAGAUGUUAGGGGAAAACUAGCCUGUGUGUGUGUGUGUGUGUGUGUGUGUGUGUGUGUGUGUGUGUGGUUGACGAUGAUUGAAUUGGAAGAAAUGAUACAAAUCCAUUAUACAAAAAACAUAUAUUUUAUUCAGACUCAAAGGUGUGCUCUUAAUCACUAACACAUGUAUUCAUGUUGUUCCUGUUCCUCCCAGGACUGCUCCUGUAUCUCCGCCCACUCUCAGGUCCAGCCAAUCAGCUGUGAGGAUCAGUAUGAGGACAUCAGUGGGUCGUACCUGAGCAGUGAUGGCUCGUUCUUCGGCGCCGAUUAUGACCUCUCCGGCUUGUCCGCUGAUCCUGCAGACUAUCAGUUGCUCUCGUUACUCGGGCGGGGCUUUAAUAACCUGAGCCAGGUGAGCAUGGCCCGUCACAGACCGUCCGGUCGACUGGUGGCGGUGAAAAACACCAAUCUGGAUGAGUGUACGGAGGAGGAGCUACUGCAGCUUAUGAAUGAGGCGCUGUUGUCCAGACUGUUUCGUCACCCUAACCUGUUGACGUCCAGAUUGGUGUUCAGUUCCUGCUGCCAGCUGUGGGUGCUCUCUCCACUAAUGACCUAUGGUUCUGCAGACUCUUUACUCAGGUCGUUUUUCCCGGACGGAAUGAGCGAAUCUCUGGUUGCGUAUCUGCUGUACGGAGUCCUGAACGCUCUGAAGUACCUGCACCACAUGGGCUACAUACACAGAGGUGUGAAGGCGAGUCAUGUGCUGCUGUCGGCAGGGGGCCAUGUGUGUCUCUCCGGCCUGCAGUGUGUUUACAGCCUGAUGAGAGACGGGAGGAGGAUGGAGGUUGUGUUCGAUAUGCCGCAACACACACCCUCACUGCUGCCCUGGCUCAGCCCCGAGCUCCUGAGACAGGAUCUCCAUGGUUACGGAGUGAAGUCUGAUAUCUACAGUGUGGGUGUGUUGGCGUUGGAGCUGGUCAGUGGAAGAGUUCCGUUCCAGGAUCUGCCCCCCACCCUGAUGUUGCUGCAGAAGCUGCGUGGCUCUCUGAGCUGCAUGCUCGACGGCGCCCCCUAUGCCCUGGGAGAUUUCAGCGGUCUGAAGGUGUCACGCUCCGGAGUGGACUCGGGGAUCGGAGAGAGCGUCGCUGCAGGAAGUCUAACUCGCACCGCCACAGCAGAGAGACCGCAAAGCCCAGCCCCCAAAAACCACUCCGCCACCUUACACAACCUGCUACAGCUCUGCCUACAACAGCAACCUGAACGCAGGCCAUCAGCAUCAGCUCUCCUCUCUCAUCCCUUCUUUAAACAGGUGAAGAAACACACCUCGGACUCGUUCCUCAGUCUGGUGUACCCAGCCAUUCCCCUCUCCUGCCCCGUGGACGUUCCCCUUUCUCCCCCGCUGCUCCACACCGACACACACACCGACGCCAACCCUGAGCCUGCGGAUGGAGGAGUGUGGGAUUUCUCCUAAUACACACUCUAUACACUCUGUACACACUGUAUCAGCUUGACAGCUCAGUGUAUCUCCCUGUCUUUCUCUGUCAUAUCUCUCAACUCUGGAGAUCAGUCCGCAGUUCACACCUUUCCCCCUACACACACUCUUCUACUGUGAGCCUCCAUACCGGCUGAUCCCGUACCUCUCGCUAUAGACCGUACAGUGGAAAAUCUUCACGUCAUCAUCCGAGCUUUGUUCCAUUGUGUACAGAAAAUAAUGGACAAACUGACAGGAAACGUUUCCUCACCGAUACGGAGCUGAAAAUUCCCAUAACCGCCGUAUUACUGGCUGAUUAAACGUUAGACAGGUAACAGUGACUGAUCUGAUAAACACUUCGAGGUAUGAGAGGAACUGUAAAAGUACCGCAUAGGUUCUGUUAUAUAUUUUUCCAACAUGAUAACAUGAUAUUAUAUCUCUUUUUGUCCUAAGAGCUUAUUUUAACUACGGCUGUAAGGGUAGACCUUACGUUUUCAUUAUUUGUUACUUUUGAUAUUAAAAUUAUAUGAAAAUAUUUUCUUUUUUUUUUUUAUAUACACAUAUAUAUGAUACACAAAAGUCUUUAAACCAGUACAAUAGAUCAUUCUUGCUGAGAUAAAUAACCGCAUAGACAAAAAUGUUUUUUUUAAAAAAAAGGAAAAGAAAAAGGAGUUCGAAUCUAAUGAUGAGUCUAAUAAUAAUAACGAUAACAAAUUAUUUAUUAUUUUUUAAAUUAUUAUUAUUAUUAUUAUUAUAAUCACAAUUAAGCCAUGCUGUGAUUUACUGCACGUUUAUAAACCUAUUACAGUACCAGAGCCUUAUUUAAACCCCGUACGGUUCCACUUUCAUUAAGACAUCACGAGGUCAAAUUUUUUGUUUGGUAUUUCUUCAAAAAUAGCCUCGUGUUCAUGAGAACGGUUUUCUUCUCAAACGUUUAGAGACGCGUUAUUAAACCUUAGUGACUUCCGACACACCACUGUAGUAACGAAACCGAUAUACUGAGCCUCCAACGCUGGGAACACGAAAUGGGAAAAGAGUGCGUGUCUGUAGGUGUGUGUGUGUGUGUGUGUGUGUGUGUGUGUGUGUGUGUGCAUGCACUAUGAUCGACCUCCAGGUUUUUUUUUUUCCCAGUGCCGAAACCUGAACCUUGUGUUAACAGAACCUGUGAAGAAACAUAAAGUCACUUCCAUACUGUUGAAGAACUAAAGACUGUGAUGGACUCCUUAUGGACUUUCUGUAAACUGUACGAGUCAUUAUAAUGUGUGAUAAAUAUAUUCUUACCCACUUUGUUAAUAAUUGCUCUACUGUCUUUUCUGACGUCUUUUUCUAAUCUUUUGAUCGUGAU